AUUAUUUGAAACAAAAGCUAACACGUGCCAUCCCAUUUUGAACCUCAAGAAACCCCCAAAAACCAGAAAACCCCUCUUUUUUUUUUCUCGUUUUUUCUCUCUUUCAAUCGAAGAAGAAGAAGAGAUGGAAGCGAUACUAGUAGACUGUGUAAACCACAGUCUUCGCCAUUUCAUGCAUCGAAAUGCCAUAUUCAUGUGCGAACGGCUCUGCGCCGAGUUCCCUUCCGAGACAAAUUUGCAAUUGUUAGCAGGAUGUUAUCUGCAAAAUAAUCAAGCAUACUCUGCAUAUCAUAUUCUAAAAGGAACACAAAUGGCUCAAUCCCGCUACUUGUUUGCGAUAUCAUGCUUUCAAAUGGAUCUUCUAAAUGAAGCUGAAGCUGCAUUAUGUCCUACAAAUGAGCCUGGUUUAGAGGUUCCAAAUGGUGCACCUGGGCAUUACCUUCUUGGGCUUAUCUACAGGUAUACUGAUAGAAGGAAAAGUGCCAUCCAUCACUUUAAGCAAGCUUUAUCUAUAGAUCCUUUAUUCUGGGCUGCCUACGAGGAGCUUUGUAUAUUAGGUAUGGCCAUUGAACAUCUGUGCAAAUCUGUGUCAUUGGCAAUUCUGGCCCACCAGCCUCUGGUUCAAAACUAUAUUUUGCAGUUGUCGAGUGUUGCCCCACCACCACUGUGUAGAAACAUGCAGCCAAAUGGUUCCAAUCCUAGCAUGCCUGGUUUUGAUAACAGUGCAAGGUCAACUUUGAAUUCUAAUAUGCAGGCCCCUCGAAGAAAGUUUGUUGAUGAAGGGAAAUUGCGGAAGAUUUCUGGGAGGUUAUUUUCUGAUUCUGGCCCUCGGCGAAGUACAAGGCUUGCUGCAGAAGCAGGAUCCAACCAAAAUACUAGUUCUACACUGGUUGCAGGGAAUGGAACUAACAACUCUCCUAAAUAUCUUGGGGGUUCCAAGUUUAGUUCCAUGGCAAUACGUUCAGUGACAGUUCGCAAGGGACAGUCAUGGGUCAAUGAAAAUUAUGAUGAAGGGAUACGGAAUGAGGCUUUUGAUGAUUCACGUGCAAAUAAUACAUCAUCAAAUUGUAGUCUAUCACUCACUGGGGAUUCUAGAUCUCUUGAAACAGAAGUAGCAACCAUGCCUGUUGGUGGGGUUAUCGCAAGUCCUUCAUGUAUCUUAAGUGGUGCUUUAGAAAUAUUAGGCCUCCUGAGAACUCUUGGGGAAGGUUAUAGACUUUCUUGCAUGUACAGAUGUCAGGAUGCACUGGAUGUCUACAUGAAACUACCACACAAGCAUUAUAAUACGGGCUGGGUGCUUUGCCAGGUUGGAAAAGCAUAUGUUGAAUUAGUGGAUUAUUUGGAAGCUGAUAGAGCCUUCAGUCUUGCCCGGCGAGCAUCACCUUACAGUUUAGAAGGGUUGGAUGUAUAUUCUACGGUUCUUUAUCAUUUGAAGGAAGACAUGAAGUUAAGUUACCUGGCUCAAGAACUGAUAUCAACUGAUCGUUUAGCUCCUCAAUCUUGGUGUGCUACUGGAAAUUGCUAUAGUCUGCAGAAAGACCAUGAAACUGCCUUGAAAAAUUUUCAGCGAGCCGUACAGCUUGAUUCAAGAUUUGCAUAUGCACACACCUUGUGCGGUCAUGAAUAUGUUGCCUUGGAGGAUUUUGAGAAUGGAAUUAAGAGUUACCAGAGUGCCCUAAGGAUAGAUGCUAGACAUUACAAUUCCUGGCAUGGGCUUGGGAUGGUCUAUCUUCGGCAAGAGAAAAACGAGUUUUCUGAGCAUCACUUCCGAAUGGCUUUCCAAAUAAAUCCGUGUUCUUCGGUGAUAAUGUCUUAUCUUGGGACUGCUUUACAUGCCUUAAAGAGAAAUGAGGAAGCUCUGGAGAUGAUGGAGAGGGCAAUUUUAGCUGAUAAGAAGAACCCUCUUCCCAUGUAUCAAAAGGCUAAUAUACUUGUGAGCUUGGAAAGCUUUGAUGAAGCUUUAGAAGUCCUAGAGGAGCUGAAAGAGUAUGCUCCUCGUGAAAGCAGUGUUUAUGCUUUGAUGGGUAAAAUUUAUAAGAGGCGUAACAUGCAUGAGAAGGCAAUGCUUCACUUUGGUCUUGCUUUGGAUUUGAAACCAUCAGCAACCGACGUGGCUACAAUAAAGGCUGCCAUUGAGAAGCUGCAUGUACCAGAUGAAUUAGAAGACAGCUUGUAGGUCUUUUAACAUUGGAGACACUUAGGCAGAAGGGAACACAACGCAAAUUGUGCAGCUUACAGCUGCUGGCCCCAAGGAGGAUGGCCUGCUCGUGCUUUCGAUGAAUAACGAAUACAAGAGCUUGAUCCCGGGCGUUUAUUUGGCAUGUGGCGGCCCUUUCAGGUGGCAGCUCUUGCAGAAGUGACCUCAGUUUUGAAGGUGAUUAACAUGCUGGCAGAAGACUUGAGGUGACAAAGGCCCUAGAAACUGCCAUACUUGUCCCAAUAGUUGUAUAAUCAUAUGUCAAGAUGAAAUGGUUGUAUUAUUCAUAUGUAUUUUUUUUAUAGAUCAAAUUUAUUCUCUUGGCCCA